AUGAAACCCUUGACGUCUCUCCUGCUCAGCGCCGCGCUCUCGGCGGCAGCUCCGCACCCCGCAUCUCCUCAGGCGCCUCUGGCAGACAUUCCCAGCAUUGUGGGUGAGACUCGGACAGAGUUCAGCCAAAACUCUCUGGACGACGUGGUAAAUGCCUCUCCUCUACUCUCGUUCCAUCGAGAUCUCGUCUCAAUCGAGUCCAUCUCCGGAAACGAGGGCGCAGCCGGCGCCUUUGUGGCUGAUUUCCUGGCAUCCCACAACUUCACCGUGAUCAAGCAACCCGUCACCACGGAGUCGGAUGCACGCUUCAACAUCUUCGCAAUCCCUGAGUCCCAAUACCAUUCCCUGGAUGAGUCGCACUCGAGCCACAGUCCCCAGAUCCUCCUCACCAGCCACAUCGACACCGUGCCGCCUUUCAUCCCGUACUCCCUCCACCGCGAUGCCAACGACACCGACGACAGGAAUAUCCUCAUCGCCGGCCGUGGCACCGUCGACGCCAAGGGCAGCGUCGCGGCCCAGAUCUUCGCCGCGCUCGACAUCCUCGCCGCUCAGCCGUCCGCACCCCUGGGUCUCCUCUUCGUCGUCGGUGAGGAAACCGGCGGUGACGGCAUGAAGGCCUUCUCACAGUCCACCCACCUCAACCCCUCCCCAAGCCGCUUCCACACCGUCAUCUUCGGCGAACCGACCGAGCUGGCCCUCGUCGCCGGCCACAAGGGCAUGCUGGGCUUUGAGGUCGCCGCGCAUGGCCACGCCGCCCACUCCGGAUACCCGUGGCUGGGCGAGAGCGCCAUCUCCGCCAUCCUGCCGGCGCUGGCGCGCGUGGAUCAACUGGGUGAUAUCCCCGUCGAGGAGGGUGGCCUGCCCGCCAGCGAUAAGUACGGUCGCACGACGGUCAACAUCGGGCGGAUGGAGGGCGGCGUCGCGACGAACGUGGUGCCGAGCAAGGCACGGGCAGGGGUCGCCGUGCGGCUGGCGGCGGGCACGCACGACGAGGCGCGCGAGGUGGUGCUCAAGGCUGUCCGGGAUGUGACGGGCGGCGAUGACCGCGUGGUUGUCAACUUCAGUCUGGAGGGGUAUGGCCCGCAGGAUUUGGAUACCGAUGUGCCAGGGUUCAACAUCACCACCGUCAACUACGGGACCGACGUGCCGAAUCUGCAGCUUCAUCCCCGCCCGGACGGCAAGGUCAGGCGGUACCUGUAUGGGCCGGGGACUAUCCACGUUGCGCAUGGCGAUAACGAAGCGUUGACCGUCGCGCAGCUCGAGGAGGCCGUGCGCGGGUAUAAGAAACUGAUCCAGGCGGCGCUGGACCGGUCGGCCUCGUAG